AUGGAUAACAUUAUGGGAUUCAUUGACACACUUUGCCAGGCCUUGCAAUGCAAUUCUCAAGAUAUUCUAAAUGCUUUGAAAUUAGUCUCAUCAACUAAAAAUCUCCUUCAAAAAUUCAGAGAAGAUUAUUGGGAUAUUUUUCUUGCCAAUGUGGUGUUAUUUUGCAAUCGAUAUAACAUUGAUAUACCUGAUUUGAGUUCUCGUUAUGUAGAGUUGAUGGAGUUAGAACAUAGAUUCAACAAUGAAGUAGUGGAACUUCUUACUCUUAGCUCUGCUUUGGAUCCUAGUGAUUCUUUUAAAUAUUUUAACGUGGAAAAGAUAUGCAAUCUUGCUGAGAAAUUCUAUCCUUGGGACUUCACUGUCCAAGAUGUUAAAACAUUGAAGUUUCAGUUGAUGCAUUAUCAACUUGAUGUAUCUACAAUUACGGAAAGAGUAUUUUCAAGCAUGAAACGUGUUGAAACUGCGAUGCGUAGCAGGAUUGGAGAUGCAUUUCUCGCUGACUGCAUGACCAUCAAUCUUGAACGGGAGCUUGUUUGGAAAAUUGACUUGGAGCCUGUUAUUGACGAAUUCAAGUCUUUAAAGACUCGUCGAGCACAACUUAGAUAA